AUGGCCGCCGUUCCUCGGGACCUGCGAGACGCGGACGGCGUGCGGAGGAGAGAGUCAUCACCUCGGCCGGAUCGGCGACGCCGGCCAAGGCUGCUGAGAGCCAGCGCGACGGAGCCUACCAUCACGACGACCUCAAAUGCCAGUCGCGGCGCGAUUUCGAGCCCACAAUCGUCGCAAAGGGCCACCGAGCUCCUCAGCCGCGUGGCCGUAUGCUCGGGCCAUCCUCCCGAGUACUCGCCAACGUCGGGGGCCGCCCCUCAUAUAGCGUCGUCGCCCAAUGCCGAAGACAUGACAAUUCCGACAACGAAUCGAGUCCAGGGCCACCGAGAGCAUCUGUCUUACUCGAACGGCUAUUUCAGCUUUCCUAACUUUGAUGCUUGGGAUGGAGAACGACGCAGUGAUGAGAAAGAAGGGGACGUAUGA